GCCGUUGCAAUUGAUACCUGAAACAACUCUUCAUCAUUCUUUUUUUGAAAUAAGCACAUUUCCCUUACCGGUGAUUUAAUUGACCAAAGCGUGCUUUUACACUGAUAUUUACGAUACCACGGGUACACUGAUUUCCUAUUAAGCUUAAUUUUUUUGGGGGAUUUCAUUAGGUUUCUUGGAUUAAAUUGAAAAUAACUGAACGAGAAUGACUAUCGACAACAAAAAUCUAAACCUUGUAGAGACAUUUCUCCAAAAAGUCAGUGCCAGUCCUGACUUUCCUUUUCUCAAUGUUUACGGAGAAAAGGGAAUCGAGAAGCAGGUUACAUUUGCAGAAAUGCAUUUACGUGUGAAGACCCUGGCUAAUUUUUACAACAAAAUGAAGUUUGGGAAUCCAAUUGCAAUUUUUAUGAGACAGGAAGUGGAUUUCCUCUGUUCCAUGCUUGCAGCAUGGGCUACCGGCAGAACAUGCGUGAUUAUGAAUAGCCUUUGGAACGAGGACGUUGUGAAGACGUUGUCAGAACGAUUGUCUUUUGUUGAUUGUGUAUAUAACGAAUUGCAGCCUACUAGCGCUUUUGCAAACCUUAAAUUGCAUAAUCUCGGUGAAGUCGACAACGAUUUGAGCGCACCUGCCAUCACGGGAAGCAACCCUCCAGCGAUCAGCUUGAUCAAUCAUUCCAGCGGUUCUACUGGCGUCCCCAAAUCAAUGCCUUUUCGAAUGGAGCGGUAUUGUCUUGGUCCUGAUUAUGGCAUGGGACGUGAGACUAUGAACUAUGUGACGGCACUGCUUUUAGCAAAUUCCUUUGCUUUAACGACGUACGCAUGGGUAUCUUCCAUAUAUUCUGAAUGCGGAAAGAUGUUGUUGCCUAAGAAGAACCUUGUCCAGUGUGACUCGGAGGCCGAAUUGAUUUCGUGGAACACGUAUUACGCAUUAAAAAAUGGUGCCGAACGACUUGUCCUGACUCCUAAUUUAUUGUUAUUGACUUUACAGCGUCUGCCUUCUGAUGAUAUUACAUUCCCCUUUUGUAAAUACGUGGUUGUUGGCGGCGAGCCAACGCCAAGAGCAUUAUUCCCAUUGACAAAAAAGCAUAUUCCAUCGGCUCGUGUUUAUCCCCAGUAUGGUUCAACAGAAACGGGUCUCAUCUCAUUUAGUGCUGCGGAUAUGAACAAAGAGGAUGACUCUGCAGAGAUUGUGUACAUACCUGGAGCAAACGUUAAGAAGCUAAUGCUCGUUGAUGAAAACAAUGUUCCUGUAGAGGAGAAACCGGGAAAUGAAGGUUUCCCUUGUGUUUAUUCCGAUGUUCUGUCUGAACCUUACGUUGGUGACGACCCUCUUACUAUCAAGGCAAGAAAUGAGGUAUUCGUAACAGUUAAUGGCAUUCCUGCCGUUCUGUUUUCCGAUCUUGCCGUUUGGACACAAGUUGGUGACAAAAUGGGUAUAGUUAUUAAAGGUCGUGUUGGUCGCCGUGUUAAGAUUAACGGUGUCUACUAUGAUUUGGGUUACUUUGACGAUUUAGCGUCGGGAAUAGAUGGAGUCGAAAAGGCUAUGUCAUUCCUCCGGAACGGUUGUUUGUACCUCUGUUUCACAUCGUCGGAGAAUGCUUCUGAGUCUUAUGUUGUGCAGGAGCUGAACAGACGCUUGGGAAACAUUGCGUUCUUUUCCUUGGCACUCAAAUUGGACAAGCUGCCGUAUAACUCAAAUGCUAAAGUUGAUAUGAAGCGCUUAGAGGCCAUCUUGAAUGAACAUCUUCUGAAAGAGGAAGAAAAAUUGCCAACUGUUCCAAGCUCAGAUAUUGUCGCAUCUUCAUUGAGCAAAAUUGUUUCGAAGGUUUUAGCCUUGCCUCAGUUAGAAGGAAAAGAUUUCGGUUUCCGUACAUACGGUUUGGAUUCCAUCCGUGCAGUCCUUGUAGGAAAGCUUUUGGAAAAGGAAUGUGGUGUCAAUGUGCCUGCACCUUUAUUGUUGGAUGGAAAGGCUUCCCCAACUCAAGUUUCGCAGUCCCUUUCAUACCAAGUACCUUUGAGCGAUUUUGUAGAUGAGCAGCUUAAAAACCGCUGUCUCCCAAAAUUGUUGAUCCCUCAAAAAAUAUGUUUGGCUGAGAACUACACUCUGGUUACCGGUGCUAAUGGAUUUUUUGGUCGUCGACUUUUGGAGCAUUUACUCGAGGAUAAGCAGAAUGUUGUUUGCGUUUUGCGCAAUUCGCCGAAUCUUGCUUCACGUAUAAAGGAAAUUGAGCAUAUGGCCUCUGAUUUUAAGACGAGUGUUAUUGUCUGGGCAGGCGAUGUGACACAAGUAAGACUUGGACUUACGGAAAAACAGUACGACUGGGUUUCCAAAAAUGUUCGUCAUGUUGUUCACAGUGCUGCAGGUGUCCACUGGACGAAAGGCUAUGAAGAACUUUACCAAAGCAAUGUUGAAGCCACAAUUCAUGUCCUUAAUCUCUGCUCCUCUGGUCCUAAGAAACUGACCUUUAUUUCCGGAGGCGGCCAAGAGUAUUUGGCUAACGUCACGACAAUAAACCCUGGCACGACUUCUGGUUAUGCACUUUCAAAACACGUUGCAGAAGAGUGUUGUCGGGCUGCAUCAAAGGCUGGUAUUCCGGUUUGUGUAUAUCGUCCCGGUUUAAUUGUGGAUGAGGGUGGUCUUAUUACUGAUCGGGAUUUCUUUUGGCGCUUCCUGCAGAGCUGUAUUAACUCAAAGCAAUGGCCAAUUAAAGAUGGUCACCCCUUGACCUUUCACAUUGUUACUACUAAAGAACUUAGUGACGACGUAAUGCAUAAGUUGCCUGAUACCGAGUUUUCGCUAUUCAAUGCAUAUCACAGUGUGAAUGGUGACGAACUGAGAACAAUCUGUGAACGAGUUUCACAGAAGAAGAUCAUUAAUGUUCCCCUAGAGGACUGGCUUCACUUUGUUAAGGCCUCCAUUACGAAAAGUGGAACUAUUCAUCCUUUGUUUCCUUUACAGGAUAUUCUCGAAUCAACGCUUUUGUAUGGAGAAAUGGUUUCCGCCCAGCCAAAUUCUGUAAAGGAUUCCGCGUUACCUACGACGUUGAUUUCCAUACAAAAAACUGUUGAACAGCUACUUUCUCGCGAAGAUUUAUAGCCUGAAUGUAUUGAAUAUGAUCUGUUGAUAAAUUGUGUAAUAUAUCAUAAAUUAUUUAUAAACAGUUCACUUUUAUGAAAGAGUUAUUAUCACUCCUUAAUGAUUAUAGAAAAGAGCAGAUUUCUAUCACUUUUUGUCAACAUGAACAACUUUAAUCCACG